GGUGAGAAAAAUAUUAAAGCGAUGAGUAAGGAGAGAGAUAUGUAUUAAAGAGCGAAGUGGAGAGUGUGAGAGUGAAUCUGAAAUAAAGAGAGAAAGAGAGAGCUGAACGAAGAGAAGCAAAGCAAUAGGGAGAGAAAGAAAGGUGUAGAAAGCUAAUAAGAGGUUGGGGGAGAGCAUGAUAUGUAAAAUUAGAAAAUAGAGAGAGAGAGAAAGAUAUGGGAAAGGAAGAAGAAGUUUGUACAAGUGAGAGAGAGGGAGAAUGAGAAAAAUACGGUAGAAAAGAGGAAGGUGCAUAUAGAGAGAAAGGUGUAGAUAGAGUGAUAAAUAGAGAAGGGAGAGUCGUAUAGAUAAAGUAAUAAAUAGAGAGGGGAGAGAGGUGUAGAUAGAGUAAUAAAUAGAGAAAGGGAGAUGCUUUGAGAAAUAAAAGUGGAGAGUCGAGAGAGAAAGAAACAUGUAGAAACAAGAAAGACUAAAAGUGAAUGUAAUUCAGAGUAAUUGAACUAGUGUUUCCGGCAAUAGAAAUCACAGGCAUUUAGAUCGGUCGAUCUAUUUAAUCGCUGGAUUUUUUUCCCCCUCUUUUGUUUUUACAUGAAUACAUUGAUUUUGACAAUUUUUUCUCUGCGACAUUAAACUCUAAAACCAGUAAUGGUUAAAGAAAUGAAUUCUGUGCAAAAGUCAACACUAUUAGUUCGAGAAGAAAAAGAUGGUGACCGCGAAAAAGUGAAUUCUUUAGACAUUGCCAAUUUAGUAGCUGAAGUAGAACGGUUCACUAAGUUGAUUGAGCCUGUGGCUUUUGUGAUCUAUGCUUUGGAAGAUGUCCGGAGAUGGCGUAAUCCAAACCUGACAAUUGCUUUGUGGAUCUGUUGUAACAUCGGAUGUUUUGUUUUGUCUAAAGCUGCCUUCUUUGUUUUAGUGUCUUUACUAGUCGUAGCUGUUGCUACUCUAUCACUCGUUCAUAUACACACACGUAUAUUUGACACUAUACUGCCUGAAAGCCACAGAGAAUGUUAUCUUCCUGGAGACAACAACGGGGACGAAGAAAUAUGUCAAAAUACUGUUAGAGAAUUCCAAUACAGCUUGAUACAGGUCAAUGAUUUCCUGAUCCGCUGCAAUGAGUACCUCGACAGUUUUUACACAAUUCUAAAAUGGGAAGAAAUUGGUCCCUCGCUCAGAUUCCACAUAGAAAUCUGUUCCUUUUUGAUCUUCCUCACCAUGUUUCCAGCUCGCUGGAAUUUUAUCCUUUUCUUCAAUUGGUUUUUCUUAGGUCAUGAAGAAAUGUUAAAAUAUAUUUCUAAAAAAUCUCAAUUUUUUAUGGCAAAAUGGAAAGAUGAAAAUGAAUUAGAAGUUGAAAAUCCCUCAAGUGAUCCAAAAGUACCAGAAAUGGAUUCUAAUGGUCAAACUGAACAGGUGAAUUCCAAAAAAGGUGAAAAUGAAGAAUCCCCAGAGAAGGAAGAAAUUUCUACCUCGGAUGGAGAGUUUGACUUUGUGAAUUGUGAUUCAGUCGGUUAUGCAGAAAAUCGCCAUGAGCCUUUGCCUACCAAACCUGGAAUGGUGGCACGUUUGAUGGAGCUGAAGAAACGCCGACAAUAUAUUGCAAGUGGUGCCUGUAAUGCUUGUAACGUUUCAUUUUCUUCCAUUCUGAAAAGAAGAUACUACUGUCGUCACUGUGGUAACCACUUCUGCGCUAAAUGUUGUGCUCAAAAAGUACCCAAGUCCUUAUUUGGAGCCACAGCUCCUUCAGCUCAAACCGAGACUGUUCUGGUGUGUAAUACUUGCUACAAUAUGCUCAUGAAGAAAGAAGAUAAAGAGAAACCAAGCUGAAUAACUGUUUGGUGACAGCUUGUCAUCUGAACUACACACUUUAAGAGCAUCAAACACUCCGAGAGAAAACUGUGCUGUCCUAGACUUACUCCUCAGCAAGACCACAACACCUGCUGCCACAAGCGACACUCACCGUUCCGACAAGAGUAUGGACAUCAGUAUUAUUUCAAAAGAAGCAGAAAACAAUCAUACUUUCAGUUUCCUUCUGUUCUUUUCAUUAUGGUUUUUCUAAUUGUUAAAGUUUUAACUUUAGAAAUUCACACAUUAUUUUCAGUUUUGUGAGUACCCAGUUUGAAAGGAAUGGUCCCAGAGGAAUUCAGAUCAUGUUUCAAAACUUAGUGAGAGGAAUUUUUUAAGUUAAAAAAAAAAAAAACCCAGUAUUUCUCCUUUAUUUUGAGAGUAGUAUGAAAGCAAAGCCUAAUAAUUUAUUUUAAAUAACCCUUCCCAACCUAUAUAUAUAUAUACACAUCCAGUUUUUGCUUCAGUGCCAGUGUAGUUACUCUUUCAUAAAGAGUUUUAUCUUCAGUGUGAAGAAUGCUUGCAGUUGGCUAAAAUAAAAAGAGAUGGGUUAUGGUUGUUCUGUGUGUGAAGAACAGGUUUGGAUUACGUAACUAUACAAAUUGCGUUUGCUUAUAUUUGAAGUUGGAGUAACUGUUUCAUUGACGGAACUGAUUAACGUAAUUCUGUUAAUUGGUUUCUUCUGCUCAAUUACUAUUUUAGUAAACUUCCAUAAAGUAUUAGUCAUAAAUAAGGGGAAACCUUAUAAGUAUUGUCGUAAUAGAUAGCAGUAGAUUGGAAGUGCUACAAAAGAAAUUUAAUAUUCAGAGAAAAUUAGACAUAAUCCCAGCUGUUGACCUACGGUGGAAUUACCUUUACGUAUUUCCGCAGCAAAAAGCUAUAUUUAGUUAAGUUGUACCAGAGACAGUUAACACAACACUUCAUUUUUCUGACAUACAAAAUACAUUUAUCCUGCAUUAUUGCAUUGUGUAUGGCACAAGUGAAUCCAAAAUCUUAAUCUUUAUUGUUUUGAUGGCUAAUAAUUUUGCUACUUAGUAACAAAAAUUCAAAUCAUUAUCAACAAUGUCUUUAUCUAACUGUGGUCAAAUUUGCCUUUCAUCCCAGCCCCUCUUAUUUAACAUGUGCUAUUAUAUUGCUAUACUGUCAUCUCAUCUGUAGGGUCCUAUUGCUAAUAUGAGAAACCGUUCUUAAUUUAGCCUUGCUGCAUUAAUGCUUCAAUGUUUGGAUUUGCUUCUGCUCUUUACUCAUAACAUUUAUUCUUACCAGAUCAUUUUAUCAGUGAUUUGUCAUGUUACUUUUGUCUUGUUCUUUCAAACAAGAUCUGAGAAUAUGAGUGAAAAAGUUUCCACCAUCUCAGUCAAACAAUUAUUUAAUAAUGGAUAAAUUUCAAUUUUAAAUAAAUCUAGUUGAGCUCACAGCAAUUUUAUUAAAGGCAGGGUAUAUGGCAGAUUUCAAGAGAACUCAGUAUGCAAAAAUAGGGUCAUUUUGCACAGCUUAAAUUCUACAAUUGAAAAGUUUAAAUUUAAAAGUAACUUCUAUAUUGACAGAGUUACUAUAUUAACUACAGUUACUUACUAAAAGUAUAUUUCUCUGUUCCCCACCCCAAGAAAUCUUAAUGCAAACUUUAAGUAUCCCACUAAAUUAAGACAGAAUUGUUAGUGCCAGACAACAUGCUUAGCAACAUUUCUCCUGGCUUUAUGUUCUGAGUUCAAAUUCCACCAAGAUUAACUUUGCUUUUCAUCCUUCCAGGGUUGAUAAAAUAAAUACCAGUUGAGCACUGGAGUCAAUGUAAUUGACUGGGGCAUACUUGACAGAGAACAUUUUCUUUCCAAGAAAUCAAUAAUCAAAUAGAAUUAUUUGGUGAGUGAAUCAUGGAAAAUGCUUUUUACUGAUGAAGUAUUACGAUGAUGGCGAAAUAAGGAUUGAUUUCAUAUUAUAUAUGAGCAGGGGAUAAACUACCUAAAGAAUGUUUAGUGGUGUACAUUCAAGCCAUAAUAAAUUUGAUAUUUAAGGAUGAACCCUUUCUUUUAGACUUACCAACUACUUUAUAAAUCAUUGUGGAAUAUGAACACUUUAAAUAUGAAAGUAUUGGGUUUAUAUUAUCAGCUUAAAGUGUGUGUUGGUAAUUCUGUUUCUAGGGUUACAAGUCCGUCCUGUAUAACCAUUAAGUUCUGAGCCAACAAAAAGAAAAAAAAACUUGCUUUAUUAAAGUGUAUAAGGUAAAGUUAUACUUAUAACCAAAUCUUCCAGGUCUUCAACAAAAUAUUUUAAAUAUACAAAGUGUUUCAGAGAUUUUUUUCUUCAAUUAUUUACUAUCAGCUACAAGUAUUUUUCAAAGUCUUAUCUAUCAAAACCUGUUUUUGAGAGGCUGUACAACACAUCUAAUCCUCUCUUCAGCAUUGUUCUCAUUUUCUUCAAACACUGUUGACCUUUUCUAUAUUCAUGGGAUAAAGUUUACAUUAAAAUUUCAUUCUUGAUGGGACCAUCUCUAACGAAGCAAAACUGAAUUGAAAUAUUUAAGUUUUCUACCACUUCCUACAUCAAACAUCACACGAAAUCUUUUACCAAGAAUUGCUUUUAUCUAGUCGUAUUAAAAUUAUGUUGAUACUGAUAAUGAGAUAACGAGAAACGUGUUUCUAAUGUAAAAACAAUCAUUCGGUGUUCAAAUGGAUUCAUUUUGUCUUGAUUUCCUUUUUUUUUUUUUUUUUUUUUUUUAAUGGUCUCAGACUUAAUGGGAAUUCAUUUUAUCAUGCGACUGGGUGUGAAUUAGAAAUAUUUCCAAGGAGUUGACUCUUACACAAAAGCUACUGCAAUUUUUGUGUUCCAGGAACUGAAACUUAAAAUGUAAUUUUUUUUUUUAAAUCAAAAAUCCUUAUCACUCACUAAAUUGGAGUAUGGUCAAUUUGUUUAAUUUCUGGAAAAAAACAUUAUCUCUAAUUUUGAAGGACCCACGAUUGCAGAAAAAUCAAACAAAGGAGAGAAAAAAAAACCCAAAACAAAUUUGAUCUGUCUUCCUUCUUGCUAUAAAAACAAAUCUUUAAACU